AUCGCCUCUUCCUUCAACGCGAAGGCCCGGCUCCUUGGCUCCGAAUAUCGAACUUUGUCGCAGAUAGGGGUUGAUUCCCACCGGAGGUACCAGAAAGAUGACAUGGGUAAAUGUUAGAUUACUUGAAAAAGAGCGAGCAUGGCCUUUGAUAUACCGUCGCCAAUAUUGUCUGUCACUCCGAGUGUACGUUUCUUAUACUAUUCCAUGACACAAUGGCUACCACCAUUCAGUCUGCCUCGGACCGAACAGCCGCCGUUCGGUCGACCAUAACCGCCCUUCAUGGAGCCGGCGCUGGAAUGAUGGAAGCCUUGAUCUGCCAUCCGCUGGAUGGAAGCUUGCGAUCCUCCAUCCAAUCAAUCUAUUAUCAAUCCCCUUUAACAUUUUAUCGUGGUCUCGGUGCGGUCCUAUUUGGCAUCAUGCCAAAGAUGGCAGUCCGAUUCACGAGUUUUGAGACGGGAUUGGCGGCUGCAGUGACGGAGGCAAUGCUGGUCGUGACGCCCACCGAGGUCGUUAAGAUCCGCCUCCAGACCGCUGGAACGCAUGCCCAAGGUUUAUCCUCCUCAAGGUUUGGCUAUCGAAGUGCUCCAGAGGCCAUGAUGGCGAUCAUCCGGACGGAGGGUGUUCAAGCUCUUUGGUGCGGAGUCAGACUGACUGCAGCGCAGCAGAGAACCAACCAAGCCGUCAAUCUGUUUGCCUAUACUCGAAUUCGACAGCGGCUAUUAGAUCUCCAGCCGGAGCACAAAUCUACCGGCUUGCCCUCCUGGCAGACCGGACUGACUUGGCUUUUUGCUGAUGUUUCAGAAACUCGUAUUCAAAAAGAACCAUCGCGGGGAAGCGAGGCUGGCUCCGCACGUCUCAUCCCGACAGUCCGCCUGAUUGUGGAGCAGGAGGGAUUCGCGGCGCUGUAUAGAGGUACCCUGCCGCGGGUUUUGCAGGUGGGUAUUGGUCAGGCAGUCACUUUUAGCACAUAUGAGGUCCUUCGGGGGCUACUUUGA